AUGCAGCCAUACAUCUCCAUGGAGUCACUGAGUGCAGCCAACACCCGUUUUGCCUUGGACCUGUUCCUGGCCUUGGACAAAGACAACCCUACGGGAAACAUCUUCGUGUCUCCCUAUAGCAUCUCCUCGGCCAUGGCUAUGAUCCUCCUGGGGGCCCGAGGAGACACGGAGGCCCAGCUGUCCAAGGCUCUUCAUUUUGAUGCCGUGGAGGAUGUUCAUUCGCGAUUCCAGAGCCUGCAUGCUGAGAUGAGCAAGCGCAGGGAGGCCUGUGUGCUGAAACUCGCUAACAGGCUCUAUGGAGAGAAAACCUACGCCUUUCUCCCUGUGAGUAUGCCGGGCUAG